CACAGGCAGCCCGUAUUGGUGUUGCACACGUGCAUACAAACACACUCCUUCUGAUGUAUUGAGUUUCAUAACUCUCACUAACAUCAAGGAGUAUCGUUAGCUUACAUCUGUCUCGUCCUCAAUGUAUUAGCAAAUAGCAUCGGGAACUGUAGGCCCUUGCGCAUGUUUUACGAGACUCAGACUAUUGCCAGCUUCUCAACCACGGUGGAUCCUGCGAGCUAUUGUUUUUGUGCAUUUUAUCAUAUCGCCUGCUUUCUAGCUACAUUAGCGUGUUUAGUGGUCGAUAUGGCGCAAUACAUGGCCCCACCUCCGUACUAUAAGAAGUACACCAGUGCGGCUAUGGCGAACCUCACAGCACCUAAACCUCCUCCCAUCCCAGAGGGCACUUACACCACAUUCGGUGUUGAACGAGAACCCACUGGUUUGACUACGCUGCCAUGGAAACAGAACCUUUUGAUUGAAAAGGAGCCUAAGUACAGACAGUUGUAUGGCGAUCCGAGCUUGUUCACCAAUAGAACAGCAGAUACACAUAGGAAAGAUAGUAUAAACGGGAAUGCAGGUAAAAUAGACGUAGACAAGGAUAGUAAAGCGACAGAUGGGGUGAUAGCAGAUACAGAUACAAGCAUAGUCAAGAAUGAGGCCAUGGUCAAUGGCAAGGUUCCAACACACACCGAGAGGGGGAGAAAAAGGAAGUUCGAUCACAAAGUAGAGUUGAAAAAGCUGAACAAAUCUAUAGUUUUGAAUUACUUGCAACUAUUGGACGUGCUCACGUCGGAUCCUUCCCAGUAUAUGAAAGUCUUCAAUCAGCUUGUUGGCUUGUUUCACAAUAUGCAUGCUUUGAUCAAUGAUUGCCGGCCGCACCAGGCGCGUGAGACUUUGCGAGCCAUGAUGGAGGCUCAAGUGGAGCAGAAAGAGAACUGUGUUCUGGAUCUAGAAACUUAUUUCGACGCAGUUACCAGCGCGUUGAAGGAGGUGCUGGAUCAAGUACAGACCAGCGACAUAAGUGAUCUCCUCAGUCCACGCAAACGGGCACGGAUGGUUAUUAGUCAGAAGGUCGCACAGACUCCCAACGGUGCGAGCAUAGCGCUAGAAGAGGAUGGCAGGAAAGGUAGACCAGCCGAGAUCAAGAGCGAAGCUGUGCCUGAAGGGAGCGCAAAGAAUUCGCAGGGAGUCCACGACCAUAAAAUCAAGCCAACAGCGAUCAAGGGUGAAACUGAUUCCAAAGUAUUCGAUGCACUGAGUGGGAGGAAAUCUACGGAUACAGACAGGCCGGCAGAAGGGGGUAUCAAAUCGGAGGGCGCCGUCCGGAAGACGGCUGACUCCGCGUCUAUUAUAGCCCGGCUGGCAAAGGCAGUGGACUCUAUCAGUGAAGCAGAGUUGGAUGACUAUCUAACUCCGAAACGCCUCUCUAUGCCCCUAUAGCAGGGCGUGACAAAAUAAAAUUUAGUAACGUGCG